CAAUAAUAACACCCACAUUUCCUAGGAAAAGACAUCGUUUUCUGUCCAACUAUCUAUCUGCCACCUUUAAACCUAACCUGCAAACCCAACACACAGAGACCACCUAUCUAUCAAACUUCGCUUUUCUCUAUUUUUUUUUUUUUUUUGAUGAGUUUUUCGCCCAAAACCUUCAUUUCCCAUUACACCCUUUUGGCUUUUGCAACGAAACGACAAAGACCCAAGAGCAACAACCGACCGCACAAAAGCAGGAAGUAGCAGAACGACGUUGUCGUGCUUUUCUUUUUCUCUCACGAUGAUGGGUCUGAGCAAGCUCGGAACCGCGAUAAUGGCGGUAACGGCGUUUACUCUGGUGGCCCUGGCCGCGGAGAUCGUGUACGUGCUGUGGCAGCGGCGUCAGAGGCUCCGUCCUCGCGUGCGCGUGGAGCCGCAGGAGGCUUCACACCAGUGUUCUACCUCGUCUUCUCCGAGCGAUGAUGACGUGGACCUGGAGCUGGAACAGCACGUGAUGAAGUGGCACUGUCUUAACGGUCCCUCUAGGGUGCUCUUCACCAUUAAGGAGGAAGAGAGAGAAGAGGUUGAGUCCGAUUACGGUAACGGUAACGGUUCGUCUGUGGAGUGUAACAAAAAGAAGUGGGUAAGUGAAGGCGUGGCGGUGGACGAGGUCGUCGUCGCCGUCGCGGUUGAACAGUUGUUGGACGAAACGACGCCGUUUUCGACGCCGUGUGCUUCACCUCCGUACUACACACCCUACACUUCGCCGAGUCGCGAGGAAUGUCGUAAAGAUCAAAACGACGGCAAUGGAUGAGUCGUUUCACACUCUGACACACUCGGUUGUUAUGGUUGAACACCAGCACAUCGUACGUUAUGAAAAGGUAUUAACAUUGUAAUUUAGAAUGUUUAGAUUGUGUAGAUUUUGAUUAAGAUUUAGAUUGAUUGAAUGAAUGAAUAUGAAUCCAACGUUUGGAAACGAAAGGGAAAGUUUGUGUAAAAUAGGAAAAGUGCUUACUAUUACUAGUGAAGUGAGCUUGAAUCUGGGGUUCACUCAUUGAUUAGUUUUAAUACCAUUCAUUGUUUCUUUACAAAA